AUGGAUUCAACCUCUGGAGUCCGAGCAAUUCCUGUUAUGCAGCUUUUCUACAGGCUCUCAUCUGCUGUGGGUGGACCUUUCAUAGACAGCUCAAAGCCCAACAGUUUAGAUUUAGAGAAACUAAUCAAAUGGUUUUUGGAUGAGAUUAAUCUCAACAAACCAUUUGUAGCCAGAACCCGGUCUUCAAUUGGGGAAGUUGCAAUCCCGGUCUUCAUGUUUUUCACAUUGAUGCUUAGAAAUUGGCAUCAGCCUGGUAGUGAUGGUUCCAUGCCAAGACACAGCGGAACUACUGAUGUUCAUGAUAAAAAUGUAAUCCAACAUUCUUCAUCCACUUCCAAGACUUCAGUCGAUGACCGAGAGAAGAACGACUUUGCAUCACAGCUGCUUCAAGCAUGUGAUUCUCUUAGGCAGCAAUCUUUUGUAAAUUAUUUGAUGGAUAUACUGCAGCAACUAGUGCAUGUUUUCAGAUCUCCUAUUAACAGUGAAGGUGGACAUAGUAAUGCUGGACCUGAAUGCGGGGCUUUGCUUACAGUACGUAGAGAUUUACCUGCUGGCUUCAUUUUGAAAAGGAUAAGGCUUUGGCAUGACGGUUUCAACCUGUUUGGAUCAGUGAGCCAAGUGAGGGUGAUGCAAUUAACAUACUCAUGGGUAUACGUGAUAAAUUCGAGGAACAUCACAAAUGCAUAUAUACAGAAGAUGCCUUAA